ACAAAUUUUGUGUAGUCCUUUACUCGUUUAAGGUUAUUCGUUAUUCGUGGUAUAUUCACCUAACCUGUUAACUGUUAAUUAUUACGGUUACGUUAAAUAGCUACAUCUCUAAACUUCGGAAUAGGUAGUGUCAUGUUAAGUUAAGAAACUUACUUUGCUGGACAUUAAAUCGUAUUAAUGGAUAAAGAGGAAGGUAAUGAUGUUGAAGCAAAAGAAAAGGAAGAUAUAACAAAAAAAAGAAAGAAGAGCAAGAAACAUAAGAAAAGAAAGAAGGCGUCUGGUAAUGAUGAUGUAUCUGCCAAGAAAAGGAAGAAAUCAAAGAAAGAAAAGCGUAAAAGUCCUAAGCCAGAAAGUGAAACUUCCCUGUCCGAUGUUGAAGAAUUAAUAACUAAAUCCCAGCAUCGGUCAUCUAACAAAAAAUCAUCACAUUCCUCACCUGCUGCAGAGAAAGAAACAAUAAAAGAUAAAACAUCAAAGGCAAAGAAUGGAGAUGCAGGAUCACAUAAAGAAUCUAAAAAGAAAGCUAAUUCAAAAUCGAAAUAUGAAGUAGUGGACACAAUUUCAUCAAAUUCUGGAACUGAAAAUUAUCAAGAAGAUUGCGCAAGUCCUGAAUUAGCAUUAAUUGAAGAUGACUUAAAUCUUGAAGAAUUAAUGAAACAAAAAGAACUUUUGCAAGCUCGUUUAGUUGCAUGCUUUUCAGAUAAAAGUGAAGAUGGGGAAUGCAAGGAUACAGUUGAUUUGGCAGCAGCAGAAAAUAAAGGUGCAUGCGUAAAUGAAGAAGGCAGCACACCAACACUUGAAAAGAUGCCAAAACGGCGCGAUCAUGAUUCCAAACUGACCACUAGACACAAGUCAAGUAAAGAUCAUUCAUCAGAAAGGAAACCAGAUAGACACUCAUACAAGUACCAUAAGGAAGAUCUAAGAGAUGUUAUAAAAAGAGAAAAGAAAGGUGAAAGAAGAACUGAGGAAUGGAAAGAGACUAGAGACCAUCGGCUGCGUAAAGAGAUGGAACGUUAUACACCCACGCAUAGAGAAAGGGAACGAGACCGUGAAAGAAAACGUGAAAGAGAAAGAGAAACCGAUCGAGAACGAGAACGGGAAAGGGAACGAGAUCGUGAAAGAAUGCGACGCUCAUUGGCACAUAAAAAGAAGGAAAGAGAUAGAAGUAGCCGUCGUUCAAGAGAGAGAUAUUCACCAGCUGGUCGACGGGAUCGCCGAUCAGAAUAUCGUAGAUCCCGUAGUCGGGACAACAGAGCGCGUUCAAAAGAUUCCAGAUUAGAUUACAGAGAUAGAUAUAGGGUAGGUUAUAAGCGUUCUUCACAUGAAGCUACACAAACUAUAGCAAGUUCAAGUGAUGAAGAACUAAAUAUAUCUGUUAAAACUGAUGAAGAGGAAGAAAAUGAAGAACAGAUAAUAGAGCGUAGAAGAAAACAACGGGAACAGUUAAUGAAGCGAUUGGGUGGAAGAGAUAAUAGUCUGAGUGGCAAACUUACACCACCACUAACGGAAAUUAAACAAAAGACACCACCACGAGAAAAUGAAAUAGUUGUUUUUAGUGUUCCCAGAGAAUGUGAGAUUACGGUAACUCCAGAGCCAGUGAAAACUGAUGUAAACACGGACACUAAAGAACAAGAGAAUGAGGCCUCAAAUAAUUCAGAUAAUGAUAAAGGUGAAAAUUCUUCAGCAGAGGAAAAGAUAAAUAAAGGUUGGGAUAUGUUUGCCGAUCAAGACAACUUCCAUAAUAUUGGCACUCCCACCAAAAGGGAAACAAAGAAUAAAAAUACUAUAGAGAAUCCAUCUCUCAAUGACAAUUGGGAUGAUGCAGAAGGUUAUUACAGAGUCCGUAUUGGUGAGACCCUAGACAAUAGAUACUCGGUAUAUGGAUACACUGGUCAAGGUGUCUUCUCCAAUGUUAUACGCGCUAGAGAUUUGAUACGAAGCGGCACUGAUGUCGCCAUCAAAAUAAUAAGAAAUAAUGAUAUAAUGCAUAAAACUGGAUUGAGAGAGUUGGAAAUGUUAAAGAAAUUAAAUGAUGCGGAUCCCGAAGACAAGUAUCAUUGUCUCAGAUUGUUCAGACACUUUUUCCACAAACGGCAUUUAUGUAUGGUGUUGGAGCCGUUGGCUAUGAACCUGAGGGAAGUUUUAAAGAAAUAUGGCAAAAACAGCGGCAUUCAUAUCAAAGCUGUUAGAAGUUAUACUCAACAAAUACUACUGGCUUUGAAAUUGUUGAAGAAAACUAAAAUUUUACAUGCCGACAUCAAGCCGGAUAAUAUCUUAGUAAAUGAGAGUAAACUGGUUUUAAAACUAUGUGACUUUGGCGCAGCAUCACAUAUCACUGAUAAUGAAAUAACACCGUAUCUAGUCUCAAGAUUCUACAGAGCCCCGGAGAUCAUAUUAGGAGUACCUUAUGAUUAUGGCAUAGACAUGUGGUCCACUGCAUGCACCAUAUAUGAGCUAUCUACAGGCAAAAUAAUGUUCAGCGGUAAAUCAAAUAAUGAAAUGCUGAAAUACUUCAUGGAUUUGAAAGGGAAGAUUCCAAACAAAAUCGCAAAGAAGGGCCAAUUUAAGGAUCAACAUUUUGAUGCCAAUUGCAACUUUUUAUAUCAUGAACUGGAUAAAAUUACAGAAAGGGAAAAAGUGGUGAUAAUGUCAAGUAUUAAGCCAACCAGGGACUUGCAGUUAGAAUUAGCUCCACCGCACCACCGCCUACCGCCAGAGGAGGCGAAAAAGAUCGCUCAAUUAAAGGACCUUCUUGAAAGGAUGCUUAUGCUUGAUCCUACCAAGAGAGCAUCUGUCAACCAUUGCCUCACCCAUCCAUUUAUACAAGAGAAAAUUUAAAUGUCUGCUUAUCUACUUAAAAAUGUUUGACAAUGAGUCAAACGAAGUAGUGAAUAAAUUUAAUAUUGUAUUGUAUUUUGCCGAGUACAUAAUUCAUUAAUAUCUAUGUGACAAAUGAAAUUUUAAAUAAUUUCAUAUUGUAUUGUGACAAGUACAUAUUUAAUUAAUAUAUAUUAAUC